GUGCUAUGAAAAGUUUCUCAAUGGUUGGUCGCAUUGUCCAUUUGCAUUGCCAAUUGAAUCUACUUACGAAAAGGCGGAAAGGAUCAAGGAGCUGUUUGACCUGGCGGUGCAAAGGCAGACCAAAGAGAUGAAUGACAACAUAUAUGGUCAAGGUAUCGACAACCACUUGAUGGGCCUACGUUAUGCGGCGAAGGAGGCCGGCGAGCCGAUGUCGGAGCUCUUCACGGACGAGGCUUACGCGAUCGUUAAUCACUUCGCCCUCUCGACGUCACAGGUGACCACGAAGAAUGACGUGAUCGUCGGGUACGGACCGGUGGUGCCAGAUGGUUACGGAUGUGCUUACAACGUGAGGAAAAACGGCUUCAUCUUCUCAGUCUCGGCCUUUCACAGCGAUGGCCGGACCAGCGCGAUGCAAUUCGCGCAAACGCUGGAGCAGAGUCUGCGGGAUAUGGCGGCUAUGAUAAAGAAUUCGAAGAAGUGAUAGAUGCUCGAUUAACCUAGAGCUGCAAAUACAACCUCCCGUCCGUCCUGACGGGGAUGUAGAGGUGAGAUAGAAGAGGGUGAGCUUCUCACGACUCACGAGGGUGGUUCAAAACGUAUUGAACCUACGAGACGCAUGUUGAAUGACAGCCCACUUCUUGAUGUCUUUUGACACGCUGUCGAAACAUUCGAAUCGGUUUUACAGCAGUAAACGGCAUCUUUUUCUUAUUUCCGUAUCAUCUUUGCGUCGUCAGACUUCAAAGCUGAGAAAAUGGCAGUUUCAUAUAGAUUUCGUACGAUGAAUUAUUUGCAUUUAACUAUUCAUUGUGAAGGAAACACGGGGAGCACGACUUUCAAAGCACCCUUGCACGCAGGAAAUACUUGUCGUAUAGAUUUAAGAAAUGCGAGCGUAGGCGUAGCGCAGAAAGAUUUAGGAACUCGUUCCCGCACAAUUCGUUAGAUAUAUCGCUGGUUUGAUAUAAUCCUUAGGGAGUAUAAAAGAGGAAGGUAGAUGAGCGUCGCCGAAGCGCGCAAACUCAUUGAAAGCUGUCGUAAUCCUUAAGGUACUCUUCGAUCACAUGGUCUAAUACUAGAAGAACUUGUCUGUUUUUUAGAGGAGACUACAUACAAAAUAUACACAAGCACGUGCGUGAACAUCAUUUCGCAUCAUUAGCGAAUUGAAGAUCCUUCAGCGGUAGCCGUCAAAUACUAGACGAGUACGUUGUAGAUCGUUUUAAAAACUCUAGUCCGCUCAAGGAGAGAGGAGUAAAGUUUCUUCGAGUGUUAUGCCCGAGCGCUGGAAAAGUCGCUCUUCUGCCACGUUUCGUACUUUCAGGAGCUUAUACUUUAAGAAUACGUCGACACUCGUCCAUCGAUUUGCUGAGUGCAACAACUUUUCUCCGUCGAGCAAAUAAUGUUCCUACAUCUUGAAAUAUGAAUGAUAUCGCGUUUUUAAUCUCUUUCCAUCGCAAAAUCGACUCUUCAAAGAAGAACUUUGGAAGUCAUCUGAGAGCAAAGCUAUCCGCACUAUCAUUCUAUAGUGAAACGAUUCGCUUUUCUCGUAAAUUCAUCGCGUCAUUCGCAUUCUUUCUCAUAGAUUGACCAAGUUACUGUUAUUCUUUUUUAGAGAUGCGAUCCAAUUUGCGAGAUUUCGACGGUUGACUUGACAUGAACGUUGACCUUAUAUCGCAGACGUAGCUUUCCAGCGCGCGGGGCUCGUCUACCGCAGGCAGGAACACUCUAAAUGUGGCCAAUCUCAUCGUAUGUUGGCGCCCGCACAGUAAACUCUUGUCCAAUUCUUAGGUAGGUCGGCGGAUCGCGCCGCUCGAGAUUGUCAAGAGACGGGGUCGAUCGUCGACGGUAUAGCUCUAUCUGUUGUCUCUAUCGCGCUAUUCUUCUACUUCCUACGAUUUACAAUCUAGAUAGCCGAUUACCUAUACCUAGCCAGGGAUUGAGACCGAUAUUGAUAUUGUAAUUAACUACAUCUACAACUAUUGAAAUUCAAUGAUAAUUGCACGUGUAAUUAAUGUUGAUAUAAUCGUAGUAUAUGUAAUUAAUAUCUUGAGAGAUAUAUAAUAGUUAUAUAUAUAUCUAUGAGAUAAUCUCUCUUUUGUUGAGAUUUCAGAUUUCGUAAUGUUAAAGAUGUAAACAAAGAUGAUCUCAUUGAUGUAUGCUAUACCGGUCUCAAACCUUGGUAUUAAUAUGUGCUGAUCUCACGAAUUGGAGGAAAUAGAUCUUACCAAUUCUGCAAUUUAGACAAAUUUAUCGCUCGACGCGAUUUCUAUGUUGAUAUUAUUACGCUCGUAUUAGGCCGCAUUGAUGAUGAUUUAAUAUGUAUUAUUGUUGAGUUAAGAAAGAGAGUCAAAUAAAAGCUUAAAUAUCAAAACGAUUUCUUAAAAAUAGUAUCUUAAAGAUGUUUUAUCUCGCAUUUUUUAAUAAGACGAAAUUAUUGCUCAUUUAAAUUC